AAAGUCCCCUAACAAAACAACCUUCUGGAUACAUACUGCAGACUGUAUCCAAUCAGCUAAUCACCACACCUAUUGAGUGCCGCGGCUACUAGUAAGUUAUAGGCUAGUUGUUUAACAAAACGUUUGUCUAAACUUUUUGCAUAACAUGUAACUUUUAAUUAAUUAAAACCUUUUAAAUAACCGUUUAAAGCUAAUGUGUGUUUUUAAUGCUUGCUACUAGCCCUUUAAAAUGAUGCAGUUAGUGUAGUGAAUAAUGGCAAGAAUAAAGACAGUUUUUAAAAAAAAAAACCUGCAGUGUAUAUCAAAGCUAAAACGAUUUUAAACCUAAAGCGGAGGGGAGAUUUUCAGACUUUGUUAUUUGAUUGGAGAUUUUAAAAAUUAAACUCUUAGCCGUUUUUAUUUAAUAAAUACUGUAACUUAAAAAGCGCUUUUUGGGUCGUUUUCUAAACUAGACGUUGACAGUAGUGUUUGAAACACCAUUUUGCAAGACCGUAGCGCCUCCGUACAAAGACCAAGUGCAGUUACAGUCAAAGUUUCACUUUCGAUUUCUUGUAAGUAGGUGGUUGUUUUUUUUGCGUGCAAAUGAAGGCAUAAUCAUAUAGAAACUGAUUCGGGAUCCUGAAAAGAAGGUUAAUUAAUCUCCAUGAAAAAAACUCCUGUUCUGCGGUAGGUAUUCACUUUCAAAAUCGACGACUGGGUUGCAACUAGAGCGCACUUUGAGUUCUCAACAGAACUACUACAGCUUUUUCAAAGAAUAGUUUUAAGGAGAGCAUGAUGAAUAUGAAUGAAACCAUCAUACAAGUUCCAGCUGAUAGUGAAAUUGCACAAACUCUAAGUGAACAUGGGGACUUAAGCUAUGUUGUGAGGAGCAAAUUUGGAUGUGAUGCUGUUCUUAAGAAUGCCAAAGCUAUUGGAUCUCAGUGGGGAAACCCACAAGCAGGAUCCUUCAAACCUGAAAUUAGGUAUUCAAAGACACUGGACAAGGGGCUGAAGAUCUCUGUCUGGAAAGAUGAUUUGACCACACACAAGGUUGAUGCUGUGGUCAAUGCUGCCAAUGCUAGAUUACAGCAUUAUGGUGGCCUUGCUGCUGCAUUGUCAAUGGCAGGUGGGCCAACAAUACAAACGAUGAGUGAUGAAAUCAUAAGAAAGAACGGGGAUGUGCCUACUGGUGAAGCAGUUGUUACUACAGCAGGGCACCUUCCCUGUAAGAUGAUUAUUCAUGCUGUUGGCCCUCAGUGCAAUCCACAGAUCAGUAAACAUGAACUGGAUCAUGCAUCAACUCUGCUCGAAAAAGCUGUAUGUAGUGUGAUAAAGAAAGCAGAGAAAGAAGGUAUUCAUUCCGUUGCCAUUCCUGCUUUAAGCUCCGGUUUAUUCAGCUUCCCUCUAGCUCUCUGCGCUGAAAUCAUUGUAAAAACAAUAAAACGAUUGCAUAACUAUUCAAAGAAGAGUAGUUUAAAUGAGAUCCGCUUGGUUAAUCACGAUGAUAAAACAGUCGUUGAAAUGGAAAAGGCCUGCAGAACAGUGCUUGGCCCUGCAGAUGACAAAAGACUAUCCUACAGUGACGCUGUAACAAAUCACACACCUACCCAAUCAGCAGAUUCAGUCCGAAUAGGAAAUGUCACUGUGCAUAUCAAACAGGGGUGUAUUGAAGAUGAGAAGGCUAAUGUGAUUGUGAAUACAGUGGCAACAGAUCUUAAUUUAAGCCAAGGGAAUGUUUCUCUUGCAAUUCUGAGUAAAGCUGGGAGACAACUUCAGCAUGAAAUAAAUAAAGUAACAAACUCAUAUGCACAGCAUGGUGAUGUGAUAAAAACUAGAGGAUUCCAAAUGGGCUGUGAUUUUCUAUAUCACACUGUAUGCCCAUUCUGGUCAGAUUACAAGUCAUCAGAGAUACUUUCUAAAAUUGUGAUGAAGUCUUUACGUAUGGCUGAAAGUGACUCGGAGAAAUCCAUUGCAUUCCCUGCCAUUGGCACCGGAAAUCUGGGUUUCCCUAAAGACAAAGUAGCAAAAAUCAUGAUAGAACAAGUUUUAGAUUUUGCUGAACGCGUUUAUAAGGGCAGUAAACUUGACGUCUUCUUUGUUCUAUAUCCACCUGAUCAGGGCACUGUCAAGGCCUUUGAGAAGGAAUUAAAAGCAGUUAAAGGAAGAUUAAAAAGUGCUGGUAGCCAAGCUUCUGACAGCUCGACCAAUGAAAGCAACAGAUGGAAGGAUGCCAUGUCCAGUUCUCUGGGUACCAAUAAGCAAGGACCGUGUGUUGAAAUUUUUGGGGAAGAUAAGGAAGCAAUAAUGGAAGCAGAGAAAUGGAUCAGAUUCACCCUGCUUCGUUCUCCAGAACGUCUCACCAUUCAGAACAACCACAUUUAUUACUUUGGCCAGAAGGAGCACGUUGAUCUGUCUAGGUUUCAGUGUAUUUACGAAGUGUCCAUAAAAGAAAUGGUAAAGGAUGGAAAAGCGAGUUUAGAGAUUACAGGCACUCCCCAGAGAGUCAUAAAAACAAUGCUGGCAGUUGAGAAGUUGUGCUGUGAAGUGCAGGAAGAGUAUGCUAUGGCAGAAGAGAAUGAGAUGUUGCAAUCCUUGGUCCAGUGGCGAUGUACUGACAUCCCUGCACUGGCAGAAACAGAGAUCACAAGCAGUAUAGAGAGAGCAUACUUGUCAAGGAAGAUGUCACCAGUUAUUAUCAUUAACGGACAGAAAAUCAAAGUCUCAUUUAAUUUCAGACAGCAAAGUGCGAUAGCUAUGACAGACCAUGGAAAAGCUUACAAUUUUGAAAGGAAAUGCCUGUUGGAGAUGGAUCAUGCCGAGAUGUACACUACCCUAAAUGGGUCAUUUUAUCAAAGGAUCGUUGAAGAUUCUUACAAAAAUCAGCAUAAAGAGAAAGUCCAAUUAUAUAAAAAAACUGGUCUUGAAGUUGUUAAGAUUGAAAGUAUAAAGAAUCCACUUCUGAGGAUUCAUUUUGAAUUGAAAAAGAAUGCUCUUGGAGGAAAGGUACAGACUCUGUACCACCGGGUCCCAGCACAGUUCUGCAUUCCAGUAUGCAGGGCAGGAUUUCAGAGGGUAUAUUCCCAGCCAGAAAAACAAAAUUUGGGAGCUGGUCUAUAUUUCAAUGAAACGCUUGAUACAUUGAUGAGAGACCAGAGUAAUGAUUUUGAGAGGGAUGCAAUGAUUUACAUCUUUGAAGCUCAGGUUGUGACUGGGAAAACCACAAAUGGCUCACCAGACUUGAUUGUACCUCCUAGUCAGAGAGCAGACAGCAUGACACGGUAUGAUAGUGUUUCCGGUGGAACGUCCACACAUGUCAUUUUCAACAGUCGGCAAGCUUAUCCUGAAUAUUUAAUUACAUGCAGACAGUCAUCUGCCUCUCCAUGAUGAAGACAUGUUAAAUGACACGCCUGAUUUGAGAUGUUCAUUAUAACAGAAUUGUCCCUUAACAUGUAAUUUUUACAGCCUUAUUCAAACUUUGUCUCUCAUAUGUGUGCUAAAAGGCUUGUUAUGAUCAGAUAAUCACUAUUAUUGAUCUAAAUACUUUAAUAAAAAUAUUGUUUAAUCAUUUAUUUGUUUAAGAGAUAUGUAUUGUAUAUGAUUAUUUUCUUGUUUAUCUUAGGGUUUGUUUUGUUUUUCCUUAUAAUUGUGUUAAUUCUCAAAUCUAGAAGUUAUUUUGUGUUAAAAGGUGGAAGUGAUGUAUUGACUUGACGAAUUAUGGUUCAAGAUCAACAGAUUGAAUCACUUUUAUAAGCAGCUGACAAUAAUAAAAACAGUAACUUUGUAAGCCUUUCAUACUAUUUAGUGGCAGAAUGUUAUUUUGAAUAUACUUUUAACAAAUAGGGGAACAUUUAAUUGUAAAAUGAUAUGACCUUAAAACCAAAAAAAUAUUUCUAAAUAAAGUAAAAUUACAAUG